GAUGUAUGCACACCGUAUUUCGUCUGUUCGAUAGCCCUGCGCGUGAGUGGCGGGGGCGUACGUGUGAGUUAAUUGUGGGAUUUCGAGUCCAUCUGCCGGCUUUGACGAGAAGGAGGGCUGGCAGCACAGAGCCCGCCCUUAAAGCUCACUGCUGCAUGCAGAAGACACGUCCACCAAACGCCCAUCGGUGCUUUUGGGUACUCUGCGGAACCGAGGAGAGAGGGAAGAGUGGAAUCUCAUCAUGAUUUAAACCAAGCUCGUCGUCACCACAGCGGCUAUCUGUACAUGCUUGCGUGAGCUAAGCCUUGCGCAGGUAGCGAAAACACAAGAAGAAGGCGAGGAGGGUGGGGAGCGAGCUGAAGCCAAAAGCGGACAAGUCCAACGGGUCGUGCGUGCGAUGCCAUUCGCGGAGGAGGAGAUACAGGCGGCCGGGAGCGCAGGCACAGCUGGGGCGGCACGGAACCCGCCGCCGGGCCAAGCCCCCGUGGGGGAGCGCGCGGUGGGCGCCCUCUGGUCCUUCGCCAAAUGCCUGGGCGCGCUGCUGCCCGUCUACUUGGCUGGAUAUUAUGGCUUCAGCAUCACCCUAGUCCUGGUCGGGCUCGUGGUCUACAUGGGCUGGAAGCACGGUCGGCAAGAUAAGGCGAGGAGGCUCAACGCGGCCAUGUACCUCCUGGAAAACGAGGUGGAACUCACCACAGAAAAGAUCUUCCGAUUCAAACGGGAUCUGCCUCCUUGGGUCAACUUUCCAGACGUGGAAAAAGCAGAGUGGCUGAAUAAGAUCCUGCAGCAAGCCUGGCCCUUCAUAGGCCAGUUUCUGGAAAAGUUACUUCUGGAGACCAUCGCUCCAACCAUCCGAGCCUCCAGCAUUCAUCUGCAAACCCUGAGCUUCACCAAAGUCAACCUCGGAGACAAGGCCUUAAAAGUGGUUGGUGUGAAGGCUCACACAGAACACGAUAGGAGACAAGUCAUGUUGGAUUUGUACCUCAGCUACGCUGGCGACGCCGAGAUCAACGUAGAAAUCAAAAAGUACUUCUGCAAAGCUGGGGUCAAAGGAAUUCAGCUCCACGGCAAGCUGCGUGUGAUCCUCGAGCCUCUGAUUGGAGACAUUCCACUGGUGGGAGCCAUCACAAUGUUCUUCAUCCGCCGACCUAAACUGGAAAUCAACUGGACUGGUCUGACCAACCUCUUGGAUAUCCCCGGACUGAAUGCCAUGUCGGACACUAUGAUAAUGGAUGCAAUUGCCUCCCAACUGGUCCUUCCCAACCGUCUCACCAUUCCCCUGGUGGCCGACCUGCAGAUUGCGCAGCUCCGCUCUCCUCUCCCAAGGGGAGUUGUGCGUAUCCACCUGCUGGAGGCCGAGGAUCUAACCGCUAAGGACACUGUCAUCAAGGGCCUGAUUGACGGCAAGUCAGACCCCUAUGCUGUGCUUCGCGUGGGAACCCAGAUCUUCACCUCACACCAUGUGGACAGCAACCUGAACCCGCAGUGGAGGGAGAUGUAUGAGGUGAUUGUCCAUGAAGUACCUGGUCAGGAGUUGGAAGUGGAAGUCUUUGACAAAGACCCAGACCAGGAUGACUUCCUGGGAAGAGUCAAGGUGGAUCUUGAUAUUGUGAAACAAGCCAGAGUUGUGGAUGAUUGGUUCAAUCUGAAGGACGUCCCAUCCGGCAGCGUUCACCUCCGGCUGGAGUGGCUCUCUCUGCUGUCUUCUGCUGACAGAUUGACUGAGGUGAUUCAGAGAAACCAGAACCUGACCAGCAAAACCACAGACCCACCAUCUGCUGCCAUCUUGGCCAUCUAUCUCGAUCAGGCUCACGAGCUACCUAUGAGAAAGGGCAAUAAGGACCCAAGCCCAAUGGUGCAAAUUUCCAUUCAAGAUACAACUCGAGAGAGCAAGACUUGCUAUGGCUGCAGCAACCCCGUGUGGGAGGAUGCGUUUACCUUCUUCAUUCAUAAUCCUCACACACAAGAUAUCGACAUUCAAGUGAAGGACGACGACAGAGCUUUCUCCCUGGGCAGUCUGACCAUCCCUCUGGCUCGUCUCAUGGACUCCCCUGAACUCACCAUGGACCAGUGGUUCCAGUUGGAGAAUUCGGGCUCAGCCAGCCGCAUUUACAUCAAAAUUGUUCUUCGGGUUUUGUGGCUAAGCGAUGAUGCAACACCCACCACACCGUCGCCCCACCCAUUAGCUCCUGGUUCAGGUCCUGGUCACGGGGGGAUCACAGCAGAACUAAACCCGAUGGGGCCUGGCGGCUUAGCCAAACCGCCACCUUCACGCCCGCAGCACACCACGCCUGACCCAGAGUUUGCGACUGAGGGAGUGCUUCGAAUCCAUCUGCUGGAAGCCCAAAACCUGAUCGCAAAGGACAACUUCAUGGGGGGCAUGGUGAAAGGCAAGAGUGACCCAUAUGUCAAGAUCCGUGUGGCUGGUUUGACCUUCCGCAGCCACACCAUCAAAGAGAAUCUCAAUCCGAUCUGGAAUGAACUCUAUGAGGUGAUUCUGACUCAGCUGCCCGGCCAAGAGGUCCAAUUUGAAUUAUUUGAUAAGGACAUUGAUCAGGAUGACUUCCUGGGAAGGUUCAAACUGAAUUUACGUGAUAUCAUCAGUGGACAGUUCAUCGACACGUGGUACACUUUGAACGACGUCAAGUCCGGUCGAGUUCACCUGCUGCUCGAAUGGCUGCCCAGGGUGUCCGAGCUUCCCAGACUGGAGCAGAUUCUGCAGUAUCAGUCGCAGCAGAUAUUCCAGAACAAAGUCGUGCCGUCGGCAGCCGUGCUCUUUGUGUAUGUGGAGCGUGCUCAUGGCCUGCCAUUGAAGAAAAGUGGAAAAGAGCCAAAAGUUGGAGCCGAGGUUGUUCUAAAGAAUGUGUCCCACCGUACUAAGGUCUAUGAGAGGUCCACAUCGCCUCGCUGGGAUGAAGCAUUUCACUUCUUGGUUCGAGAUCCCAGGGAUGAGAUGCUCACCGUGAAGCUGUCUCACAGCUGGGGCCAAGCUCUCGGGUCCUUGACUCUGGCUCUCAAGGAGGUGAUGGCUGAGCCCAACUUGGUGCUGGACCGCUGGCUUGCCUUGGAUGGAGCUCUGCCCGAGAGCCAGAUCCUACUGAGGGUGACCCUCAAGAUCUUGGACACACAGUUGGCGGUAUGCCGCAGGGCCCCGGGGGAUAGUGAUGGCGUCACCGUCAUUCCCAGAUGGGAUCCGUCCCAUCUGGACCUCAGACACCGAACCGGAUUCACCGUGAGCAAUGAUGCCACAACCUUUUCAAGCCAGGUGAAGCUCACCAUUGGAUACUCCACAGAGGAGAACAGGCUUUUCAUCACUGUCCAUGCAUGCAGAGCCCUGAUAGCCUGCUCCAAAGACGGAGCUGACCCUUAUGUUACUUUCAUGCUGCUGCCUGACAAGAAAGCAACCACAAAGAGGAGAACCGCCACCAAGAAGAGGGACCUUAACCCAGAAUUUAACGAGAAGUUUGACUUUGACCUCUCAUUGGAGGAGUCAGCACAGAGGAAGCUGGAUCUCUCUGUCAAGAACAGUGUCUCCUUCAUGAGCAGAGAGAGGGAGCUGAUUGGCAAACUGCAGCUGGACCUGGACCAGAUCGACAUGAAGACCGGCGUCACACAGUGGUACAAUUUGGUACCGGAAUCAACCUAGGAGAAUGCAUUGCUGCUCUUCGCUCCUGUUUCACGUUUCGUGUUGCUUGUGUGCUCUGUGAAUUGUGCAUGUAUAUUCAGCUUUAAUGGCAUCUUUGCUGAAGAAGGAAAAAAAAGACAACACAUCUGCUCCAUAAAACCGCCACCAUCAGUAUUUAUGAGAGGAAGCUAAAGUCAUUGAGAACGUUUUAGCAGUGCUGCAUCCUUGCUGUCUUAGGCACAUUCUUCAGUAGAACAUUUGGCUGAGUAGAUAUUUAUGAAUGCAACUAUGUUGCACAAAUGACCAGUUUGUAUGUUACAUACAAUGAAAAUAUAUAAGCCUGUAAAAGUCCUUUUGCAAUGGUAUUCUCACAGCGGCUUAAUAUCCGAAGGUACGGCUAUGAUGUACAAAUUUAUAGCCUCCAAGAUGACUGAAGGGGAUUAGAGUUUUUUUUCUUUUUUUACAAAUCUUAAUACAAAUCCCGAUAUUGCUUUGUUUGUGUGUUUGUAUUGUUGCCUUAAGUAUUACACAACUUUUAAAGGUUCAUCAGUGUUACACAAUUACCGGUAUGUUCCAAAUGAAGUUUUAUAUGCUUUGCGAGGAAUAUUGCUUUUUAUAAAUGCAAAUAUUACAAAAUGAGACCCUUGUGUUGAGCUGAGAAACUGUAAGCAGUCUCAAUCACUGUGCUUUUAUGAAGACAAAACUUUGACAGCACUCAGAAUUCACGGCAUGCUUGCUUUCUUGCAUUUGUCAUGCUCGAUGCAGCACUCGAAUGCUGUUAGCCUAGUUUGUCUCACAGAGCAGCUGUUUCAGAACAAAAAAGUCAACACAUGCAAAGAAGUAGUCAUGGCACUUUGUGUUGCACGGCUGUCAUUUGAUCACCAAGACCUCUUGACCCUCACAUGCAUUUGGUCAAGAGAACUGGAUUAAUGGUGACAUGGAAAACUGCUCCCGCCACCCUUUUUUUUAAAAAUGUAAUAUCCAUAAUAUAUAAUAAUAUCAGCUUUGAAGUUGUUGAAUAAAGUUUGCAUUCACACGA